AAACAACCACCUUUUUCUUCUCUAGGGUUAUCCAUGAUCCAAAACCAUUCUUAGUUAUAUAUAUAUGACUCUAUAUAGUAUUACACAAGCUAGGGCUGAUAUUUCAAGACUCCUCUCUUUUGGUCCCAAGCUAUGGCAUUUCCAUUCAAGAACCAAAACCUUAAACAAACCAUACCAAUACCAUAUACAAGUCCCUUCCACCACAUGGAAAACCCUGACCUUUUAUCAUUACUCCAACGUACCACCAAUUCUAACAAUAAUAUUAUUCAUACCCAUCAUCAUACCAAUAGAAAUUCCGACGAAAAGAAUAGUAAUCAUGCCGGCCGGAAAAGGAAACCCUCCGGCGGCGGCGCCGGCGGUCUUCUCCGGAUGUUCAAACUCCUGCCCAUGCUAACCACCGGCUGCAAAAUGGUGGCGCUGCUAGGGAAACAACGGCGGCCGGCGAUGUUGACCGACAGUGCGUCGACGACGGGGACGCUAUUCGGGUACCGGAAGGGUCGGGUCAGCCUGGCGAUCCAGGAGGACCCGCACCGCCCGCCCGUUUUCAUGAUCGAGCUCCCCAUGCUCACCGCCGUGUUCCACAAAGAGAUGGCGAACGACGUCGUCCGCCUGGCGCUCGAGAGCGAGACCAAGACCCACAAGAAGAAGCUUCUGGAAGAGUUCGUGUGGGCCGUGUACUGUAACGGCCGGAAAAUGGGCUACUCUAUUCGCCGGAAAAACAUGACCGACGACGAGACCCACGUCAUGCAGCACCUCCGGGGAGUUUCCAUGGGCGCCGGCGUGCUUCCCGGCCCCUCGUCGGAGAAGGACACCGCCGACGGAGAAAUGACGUAUAUGCGGGCCCGGUUUGAUCGGAGAGUAGGGUCCAAAGAUUCUGAAGCUUUAUACAUGAUUAAUCCUGACGGUGUUUCCGCUCAAGAAUUGAGCAUUUUCUUUGUAAGAGUGCGUUAAAUUUAAUGCCUACAUUAAAAAAAAAAAAAAAAAAAAAAA